AUGCCAGGUGCCGCCACCGACAGUGAACUCCGCGCAAACCUCGACAGCCAGAAGGAUGAAGUAGAAGCUCUGCAGGCGAUCUACGAACACGACUUUGAGUGGGCCGACCACGAGGUGUACGCAGCGCCGUGCAAAUCGUUCUACAUGUCCAUCCCUGGGGACUUUUGUCUUCGGUUGCUGAUCCACCUUCCAUCGGAUUAUCCUUCCCGAUCAUGCCCCAUUGCCGAAGUGUACGAGUCGUUUGGCGUGUCGUCGUCCGACUGCGACGCCAUCAUCCACAACUUGGCAACGAUCUUUAACAAGUCCCAGGGCGACGUGUGUCUGUACGAGUGGAUCGAAAGCGUGCGUGAACAGUUCGGGUCGUUUGCUUCGUUCGAGGCUUCGUCCCUGGAAGUCGUCGACAUGGACGCCACGGAGCUGCUUCUUUCUGCGGCUCCUUCUCCACGUGACGACAUUCCGCUGUUCUUGCGUCAGAUCAAGACGGGCGUUCCCAUCACCGACCGCAAAAGCACCUUCCAAGCCAAUGCUGUAGCCGUGUCAAGCGUCGAAGAAGUGAUUGGUCCUUGUUGUCUCCACCGAUGUCACAUGUGUGUGGACUUCUAGGUCCGUGCCUUCAUCGCAUAUCUGCUCCAAGACAGAAAGAUCGCUCGCGCGACGCACAACAUGCUGUUACUUGGUACUUUCAGGCGUAUCGAAUUGUGAACGACGUCGUGAUCAAGGACAGCGACGACGACGGCGAAGGUGGCGCGGGCAGUAAACUGUCGCAUUUGCUGGAAAUGACCCAGGCUGAAAACGUGGCGGUGGUCGUGAGCCGAUGGUACGGCGGCAUCCUCUUGGGACCUGAUCGAUUCAAACAUAUCGCCAACUGCGCCCGCCAAGUGCUGGAAACCCACGGGUUUAUCCACCGCAAGACCAAAAAGCAAGCAUGACCCCAGCCACACUGUUGCGUACACUUUAUUCAAACAAGUAGUGCGAGUCGUCGUCAUUUGACGCUUGCAACAACGACAGCGCGCCCACACAUGCCAUCGGACGAAACGUAGACUUGGUUGAAGAUGAUUUCGUGCUUCUGGACGAGGGUUUCUUGGGUACUUGUUUCGACCGCCUUUGACUGGUCCUUGAAAUCACGGCAGGGUCUUCGCUGUCCGCACUUGACACUUUGACAUCCAUGUUUUCGCUCUUGGAAUCUAAAGCAUAUGCG